UAAAAGGAUGGACACAUUCUUGGCGGGAAAGAGCAACAAUAGCUUUAAAAUUGAUAGAUCUCAUGAAAGAACUAGAUGAUUUAAGUGAAAAAUUGCAUCUCUGUGAUAUAAAACCAGACAAUUUUGGUCUAAGGGACAAUGGGGAGGUAACUCUGAUAGAUACAGACUGUGCCUUGUUUGAGGAGAAUCUGCUCAUGCAGUUUAAUCACACCAAUUGUACAAGCCAUGAUGACUGCGACUUCUUCGAUUGUAGAGGGUUCUGUGACACUAAAACUAAUAAAUGUUUACAAGAAAGGACAAAUAAUAAUAUGCAGGCAGUUUGUGAGGAUGUAUUUGUGGGGUACUUUCCUAAGAUGCCAACAGGUUUACUCAGAGAUCCACCGGGUUCUAUCAAGGUUGAACUCUUCAAACUCCUACAAGAAUGCUCAAGCCCCGAAGUGGAGACAGAUCGCCAAGGUGUCCGCCAACGUGUACAACCUCAUACAAUAAAAAAUCUGCAAGAGUUACUUCAUAAAAGUAUUGGGGAGCAAUAACGUCUCAUCUUAAAAACAUUA